AUGGUAAUGAGACAAAUUGGGAGGAGUACGCCGGAAAUUGUGGAACUGGGGGAUCCGAAAGGUUGCUCAAUGCCUGGCCAGGAUCAUGUUGUUACACAUCGAAUUCGAUAUCGGGAUGAUGGCUUUACAUUUGCUAUAAAAGCCUUCAAAUUUUCGGACGGCGAAUCGGUGCGUAUCACGUGUUUAGUAAAGAAAUGUCCUGGAUGUCCGCAUCCAACUUGUCACCAAGUAGCAAAAAGAAGUCCCGAGCUUGAGAUGCCACACCCAGGCACCGAGGUGACACGGAUUGUAGCGGAAUUUAUCGUCGAGAAAAGCCACCAAAACCUCUGCGCCGAGACGUCAUUACUUUAUUCCGUCGCAGCCAUUUUCAUUUCGUUUUUCGGCGUUGAGUUGCUUGCACUAACGAUUUUAUGUCGAAGACAGAAACGGAUUACGGUCAAUAAA